AGCGAUCCAGUCUUUCCUUAAGCAAUACACAUUGACCACCAAACACGCUUUGUUGAAUUAUUUAGUCACUCAGGCACUUCCUCUCGAGGCUUUGUUUAUUUUCCACCUGUGGAUUUUCUACAUUCCUUGCGAUAUAGGUAUAAAACAUAGCGAGGGCGCGUUUCUGUACAUCACGUGAUAUCUAGCUCGUCUGCUCGCGCGUGUUCAGAUGUAAACAAAGGAAAACGUCAACAAAAAACGAAAUGCUGCAAUCUUAGGCUGACUUACAACAUUUUCCAUUUCGUGUAUGUCUGAGUGGAUGUCGAACUUUGAAGUGACAGAAAGAUGGUCGUACUUCGUUCGGACUUCAUUAAGUGUGUUGUGCUAGGGGAUGACUCCGUGGGGAAAACAAGUCUACUAGUGAACUACGCUACAAAUAGAUUUCCUACUACGCACGUGCCCAGUGUUUUCGAUAACUAUGCAGGAACAUUAGAAAUGUCAGGGAAAAAGUAUCACUUGCAGCUUCUUGACACAUUGGAAGAAGACAAAGAACAAGAUAACAGUACUCACAUUCUGCCGGGAGCUGACAUCGUUGUCGUCUGCUAUUCUGUGGUCCAGCCUACUUCUUUUAGCAACGUAGAGUCAAAGUGGAUACCGACUGUCCGGCGGUGUCUGGGGGAGGUCCCCAUCAUCCUGGUGGGAACCCAGACGGACCUCCGCCUAGACUGCUCUGUGCAAACUAGUUUACACCAGAAUGGACUAAAAUGCAUCAGUUCUAUCGAAGGUUUCCACAUGGCUAGAAAAAUAGGAGCCUCUCGAUUUUUUGAGAGUUCGCCGGAACUAGAGAAGAGAAUGAAGAGGGUGUUGAAUAAAGCGAUAGGGACGGUUCUCCACCCCAGAGAUGGCCUCUCCGAGGCCCUGUCAUGUGCCAUUCUGUAGGGGGAAGCAACAAUCACGUGAUGCAGAACUCGAUUUUGCUAUGCACUGCAAAUGCAUAGAGAAAGUCUUAUACUCAAUAGUGCUUAUUGCUCUGACUCAUUUCUUGAACAACGAUUAUUGGAUUCUUACAUGACAAUGCAUUAGAAUUUAUUUGACUUUGGGCAUUGUAUAUGAUACUCAAACCCGCCACCAAACCCCACGCGACAUUGUCCCUGUUCUGUUUUAUCUUUUUGUUUGUAUAUAUUAUUGUUGAUUUAAUUUAUUUUUGUUUGGUGCUUCGGAAACGAUUUUGAUUGUAUCUAUGCACAAUAUUGUUUCUGUUGUGUAUUCACUGGAAAUGAAUUUUUAGAAACUCUA